AUGAAUUUCAGAAGUCACGUUAAAGAUGAUGAAGCUGAUAGGAACGUCGCUAAAAUUGGAAUCGAGGAUGGAGAGAUGAGGAAACGGCUCCCAAAUGCUAUUAUCAUCGGCGUGAAGAAAGGUGGAACGCGAGCACUUCUGGAAAUACUGAAGAUUCACCCAAGUAUCAGAGCUUGCAGUAGCGAGGUUCAUUUCUUCGAUCGUGAUGAAAAUUAUGAACAAGGUCUCGAGUGGUACCAGCAACAAAUGCCAGCUUCUUUACCCCAUCAAAUCACAAUCGAAAAAUCACCAAGUUACUUUAUUAGACCUGAAGUUCCAGAGAGGGUAUAUGGAAUGUCCAAGACUGUGAAACUCCUUGUAAUAGUCCGCGAUCCUACUCGUCGAGCGAUAUCCGAUUAUACACAGUCACUGGAAAGAAAACCCGAUAAUCCUCCUUUCGAAGAAAUGGUAAUGGACGCUGAUGGCAAAAUCGACGAAGACUGGUCAAAACUAGAGAUCGGUCGUUAUGCUAAGCACCUAGCGCGUUGGUUAAAAUAUUUUCCUUUACACCAGAUUCACUUUGUGAGUGGAGAAGAGUUGAUCAAGCGGCCGGCGAAGGAAGUACAACUCGUGGAGCGAUUUUUAAAAUUGAAACCUUUUAUAACGGAGGACAAUUUUUUCUUCAACGAGAGUAAGGGAUUUCCGUGUUUUGUAGGCAAAAUUACAGAGAACGGUUCGGUAAAAAAAUCGCACUGCAUGGGUGAAACCAAAGGACGAAAACACCCUGAUGUUCAAGAAGACGUACUCGAACGUUUACGAGAAUUCUUUCGUCCUCUUAACGGGAAGUUUUAUUCCAUGGUGGGGCGAAAUUUUAACUGGGAUUAAGAAGAGGCUUACUGGAUUUAUAAACCAAAGUUAGUUAGGUUUGAGAGCUGUUGAGCAUUUCUAGGUGAAUGUUGUUUACUUUGCAAAUGAUACAUGCCACCAUGGACAAACAUUCUCAAACGGAUUAUGCAAUUGGAAAGUUCGAAAAUUUUAUUAUGACAUUUUUCAUUGAAAGGAAUAAUAAGUUAUUAGCACGCUAGCCAAUUUUGCAAUUCAAAUAUCUGGCGUGUUCACUUUCAUAGCAUCUGACAGCUGGUCUUAAAUAAGUUACUUUAAAAAUCAGGAAUUAUUUAUUUUUCCUCACAUAACUAUUUAUUCAAAAAUUUCCUUUUAUUUAAGAUAAUUUCUCCUUGGGGGCGAUGGAAAAUGUAAUGCUAAUGGAACUCUUGCCGGUACUAUCACCCAGAGGGGAAAGAUAAACAGGAAACGUUAACUGAAUGAUUAUCUGCUAAAAACUCAGUCUAAAAGCCUUAAACUUUUUCUUUUUUUGCUCAGCAUUCUGACUCAUUUUCACUGUUCAAACGCUUAUGGUAAUUUCAAUCUGAAAAUAUUUUUCACAUGUACAAAAAGCUGUUGUAGAAAAUUAAUAUGAUACACCCGUCAUGAUUUGAGUGUUUCUCAAAAUUAACACAAAACCAAAGAGUGAAACAAAACGUCAAAAAUAUAACCUUGGCCUUUCUUUUAUGACCACACCUGAUUAAGUUUUCAAGGUACUGCUUUAAUUUGGAUCUGUUUAUUUUUUCCCUUGUUGGAAGUGAUGUCAUUCAGCUGCAAUUACAAUAUAUUUCAUAGCCCCACAUGCUGAUGUUCUUUGGUUUUUGUCACCCUUUCCUUGCCCACAGAGGGAAGGAUUGUGUGACAAGCCAAAAGAAUGUUGGCAUAGAAGGCUUAAUAAGUGUGCUUGAAUCACAAGCCCAGUUGAUUAUUUAUAGUUACCACCUCCUACACCUGAAUAGACCUGGGUUAGACCUUACCAUAGUCUUGGGGCUGGGGUUGCUUAAGCAUUCUGUGUAUACAGAAAUUGUUUUGGCUAGUCCCCAUUGUUGCAUGAUGAGCAAAAACAAAGUCUGUGAAGGAAGCUAGGACUUCUUAGUAGCAGCAAGACAAGACAAAACUAGACAAGACAUUUAUUACACUGCAAUAUUACUUACAAUUUCUUGGCACGCAGUUAACCAAAACAGCCCAGGCUGGUAGCAGCUGAGAACAUAUUUACAUUCUGGUGGACCUAGUUUUUUUCUCAGCACCUAAAAGGAACAAUUUUUUUUUCAUACAACUGUUUCAGGUUUAAAAAAUCUUAAUCUCAUUAGCGUAAGGGUAAUGCACAAACCCACUUUUUACACCUUCUGAAUUGUGUAGGACCUUUUGGCACAACAUUUUUACAAAAUCGAGGGCUGUGGAUGUUGAAUGAUAUUUUUAACAUCCACUUAUGUAGCAUAAUUCGGUUGAAUGUGGAUGGCUAUGAAAAUAGAUGGUUUGAUAAAAAUUAUUGAAAAUGCUACACCAGGACAAUACUACAGAAGAAAUGCCAUUAUUUUCAUAGUAUUUUUACUUGACAAAAAAAAAACAUUGUAUAAUGUAAUUCAACAAUAAACUUGUAACAGAAAUAUUAUCAUGUGAAUGGAGUUUUGAUGCCUUAAUUAUAAAAUAAAUAUUAGUAUACUUUUAAAUCCAAAAAGACUUGUUUAUCUACUGGCUAGAAGCUUCAAAAGAGCCAAACCACUAGGAAUUAUGGACUCUUACUUUUAAGAACACCAGCUCCCAGUAGGUAUUGUCAAGAAUGGGAGUUAACUGUAUCAGGCUUGCAGCAACAAAAGGAAGACACUUGGUAUUUUCCUCGUUUAAAGGUUUAAAGGGGAAAAGUGAUCCUCAGACCUUAAUGGGGAAAAAGGGAAUGAUUCAAGCAAGGACCAGCUUCCAUUUUUUCUCUUGCCUUCAACUCGUUAUUUUUAGCCCCCCUCCCCUACACGUAUUGUCUGUUCACAGGCUUAACCUUCCACCCCUCUAGCUAUUCAUAUGCAGCCUUUCAUUAGUGCAUAAGACAUUACCUUGAGUUCAUUCUGAUUGUCUACCUAUGUAUAUAAGUCCUGGUUAUUGCCAAACUUAACAGAGCCAGGUGCUGUUAACUGGGAAUGGGAUAUUUAGGGACGAAAUACUAAAAUUUUCCCACAGUGAUUUUGCAUGUCUCAUGCUGAUUUCUCUCCCUGGAUUUCCAAGAAUGAAAAGGAACUGGUUAAUAGUUUUCCUCAGAAAACUGCCUUGCUGGUCUGUGAAUGUUUUUUUUGACCCCCAGGGAUUUGACCGUACCCCCAAUCCAAAGAGAGAUCACAACCCCUGGGGUGCAAAUGCUGCCAUAUAUGGUCUAUACAGGUAUGUGCCGCUGGAAAGGGGAUGGUUUUCAAGCAGUUUACUAUGGGAUGGGGUAUAGAAACCAGAGACUUAGGGUCUAGAAUAGGGUAUCAUUUUCAAGGAAACUGAUCAAUUGGUUGAAGAUUUGAAUCUAGACUAGGGAAACCAGGAAUUCCCACUCAAAAAUAUAAAAAAAUCAAAUCGGUUUUGUUUUUAGCUGGACUGUGCCAGGGACCUCAGUAAUUUCUGGAAAACAGCUGCUCUAGGAUGGGGGGGGGAUUUGGGGAGUUUAGUCUAGCAUGGGGUGGUAAAAUUCAGCCGAACUAGCUCUGGUACGAGGCUAAGGGUUCCAGGUCCAAGCGGCAGAUCCCCACCUAAAAAUUCCUAAAUUCCCCUUCCCCCCCCCCGGGGCACAACCAGGAAGAUUUCAUUUGGGCCUUAUUUCUUACCAUACAAAUUGGCAGAUUCUGUCAAGAAUAUCUGUGCGUAAGGGCAGCCCACCGUUUCGGGGGGUUCACAAUCUGUUUUGCCAACUUCUGAUCACCUCUGAAGUGUAAGGAUUUUAUCUCUUGGAGAAAAAAGCACCAAUUUUGACAAAACCUUCCCUCAUAGUCCUUUGCAUUAAACCUCCAACACGAAUCAAGGCGUCGCUGCCUAAAUACUCGGAGGAAACAUAUGAAAAUUCUUGCAAUCCUGUCAGAACAAGACUUACAUGUCCGAUUAUGCACAUGCAGAUAAAAAGGAGAUUUUUGUGAGAAGUCUAUCAUGAUCAAGUCUACUUGAUUUUUUGCGAUAAUAAUUGCUUUAGCUUAAAAAACGAAAGCCAUCAGGUAAUCGGUUUUAAGCCCUAUCAAAUCAACUGGUAUUAUUUGUACUGAGAAACAUUGGUAGUUACCAGUAAAGGUCGAAAUGACCUACAAAUAAUGUAUACGCAAAUCACCUCCGCGCGCCAAGAGAUAAUUUCAGUGAGCUGAGAAUUAUAUGCUUUUUAUUUUUUCUGCCAAAAGUAGGAGGAGAAUCAGUAAAUCAGCCACCCCUGUGGAUUAUAGAAAAUAAACGAGUAAAAUAAAAGUUACCUGCUAAUGCUUUGAUUACAAAGAACAAUAAACAGCUGUAAAGAUCUGUAAAGUAAGAUCAAAAUUGAGGUUUUUUCGCAAGCGAGACUGUCCUCAGAAUUCUUUGAUUCUCGCGCCUUCUUUCUACCCUCGCCACAGUCCUCCUCUAAACACGUCAUUGUGCACGUGUUUUACUGUGCGCUCGGCUAUGAUAGGGAAAAUGGCGGACGAGAAAGAAUUUGAUGAAAAGGCUGGUAACAGCGAUUCGGACGAAGAAGACGAAGACGAAGACGAAGAAGAAAAUGUCAACGGAAGAAACAAUGAAGAGGAAGAUGAGUCGGAGUUCGAUGAUCCAGAAGACUUUGUUGAUGAUAUUACCGACGAAGGUUAGUUCUUGUUGAACACGUUUUAAGCCUCGAGGUCUGAAUCAUCGCUUUUCACCGGUAUUGACUGUAUUUAAGUCAACUAGGUAGCUGAAAGGAAAGAUAGAGAGUUGUAAAGUUUAAAAUAGUUCUUUGUUUCUCCCGUUUCUUAACUUAAGUCAACCUCGUGGUUAUAAAAAUGUUAAUUAAGAAGCCCAGCGGCCGGCCUUAUUAAAGCUUAUUAAUUCUUUUUACAGCUUUGUAGUUAGGAAUAAAAAAGGACUGAGAUAGGCCUUCAGUGGAAGCCUUAUCUCAGAGGUUCCUGAUAGCGCUUUCCCUUUAUUUGCCGUUGUUUAAUACCAAGAAAUAUAAUAUGAGUUCCCUUAUUGUCCAUUGCACAGAGUAGCUGGUACAUUUCAGUAUUUAUACAUGUAGCUUUUAAAGGUGAUUUUUAAAUGUAAUGAUUUUUCUCGUGUUCUCUUUGUGCCAACCCCUUUCUCGAAACGGAAUGAAAGUUUCAUUACUCUUGAAAACUGUGAGGCACAUUUUAUUCACAAAACUGACUUAAAUACACUUGUACAACUUAGUUAAAGUCCAGACAUAUGCUUUGUUCUUCUGUAUAUGGAAACUAAUGCCAAAGGAACUGAAAACAUUUUUGUUAUUCUGAGCUAAUUUUCCUCUUCGUUUUCACAACAGUUUGUGUAUUUUGUAAUUUAAACUAACUUACAAAGGAGAGUAUACCUUUGUAAAUUUAACAACCUUUCUUUUUAUCGUUUUCUCUUUCGUUUUUUCUCUUCUCUUCUUUUCUUUUCUGUAUUGUGUUAAAAAAAUUAAUCCAAAUUUUCAUUCAGUACCCCUAACUUGUAUGGUUUACCCUAUAGUUCCAGGAAGCCUGUAGUUUAUAAGCCCACGGCUUCUAUAUAAGCUUCCUAGCCAUUACCACUUUAAACAUUUGAUCUAGUAAAUAAGUUAGUUAGAAUAUUGUAUAUUAUCAUUAAUGUUUGAUAAAUUUCUGUAUACUGUUGUUGUAUUUCUGGUUAAUGACAAAAAUGAAUAGAAGUGUUGAAAACAUGAGAAAAAAAAACAUUUCCUUCAGACCUCCUGGGCGACAUCUUAGUAGAGAAGCCAAAGGAGACCACUGGAACAGACCGGAUCAUUGUUGUGGAUAAUGUUCCAACAAUUUCACCAGACAGGCUUGAAAAGCUUAAGAAUGUCAUCAGAAAGGUGUUUUCUAAGUUUGGAAAGAUUGUUACUGAGCACUAUCCUCAGGAUGAAAAUGGACAAACCAAAGGGUAAGAAAGCUAUAUGUACAUGUUUGAACUAUAAGAAUUAGAGAUUUAUUACCACAACAAUUUAUACAUCAGUUUAGUAUAAAGUACAUGUACUCUGAUCUCGAUGAGGGCCUGUCCAUGUGUGAACAGGGCUCGAAAUUGCGACUGAUGCGGUCGCCAAUGUGACUAACAUUUUUUCCUUGGCGACUAAAAAUUCUGGUUUAGUCACCAAAGUAGCGACCAGAUUUUAGAAGAGUAAAAUUAAAACGAACAUUUCAUCUUAUUUUACUUUUCUUUCAUCAUGGAAAAUGUGCCAAAUCAAUCACAUAAACAAAGCCAGUUUACCUCCAAAUUUAUACUGACUUCAAGAUAUUUUCAAAUCUGAUGGAUCGCGCCAUACUAUGCUGGGCUUCUGAUAGGUAGUGGGAAAAAGGCAAAUUUCGCGGGAUUUUUAGGGGCAAAUUCGCGGAAACAUCAGCCGAUUUUGUGGCAUUUUUGCGGGAAUGUUUGGGGCAAACUUCCCCGAAAAUCAAUCAGUAAAAAAGGCCGAUUUUGUGGUUAUUUUUGAGGGAAAAUUUUUGUCAAAUAUCAAUCGGUUUUGGCCGAUCAGACCAGCAUUUUUAACGUUUUAAUAACCGGGUCGUCCUUUGCUCUUUCAACGACAUUGCGCUCCAGAAAUGAACCAAUGGCAAAGCCUUUAACAUCAUGGCUAGUGCCCAAUUUUCGCAACAUAAUCUACGCCUGGUAGUUUCGGGACGUUAUUUGCACAUUUCAGUGACCAAGAUUUACGGCAAGUAAAUAGCCCCCAAUAGCUGAGAUAAGUUUCAAAUAAUUAUGUUGUACAGACAUGUAUUUGAUAAGAUUUCUACUGAAUUUCGCGGUAUUUCGCGUGUUUUUGUGAAUUUCGCGGCUCUGCUCCUGCUCGAAAUAUCAGAAGCCCUGUACCUAUGAGCUGCGUCAUUUACAUUUUACAAACUGGCGACUAAAAAUUUGCAUCUGGCGACUAUAUUUCUCAGGUUGGUCGCCACAAGGCGACCUGAAGAUUUUUUUAAUUUCGAGCCCUGGUGAAUCAAAUACAUUGCAAGUACAUUGCAUGUAUGUAGCAAAUUGGGGCAGAAAAGGCGAGUCAUGAUCAAAGUUUUGUAUAGAAUACACAAAAUUUGAUUUGGUUUCCCAAAUGAUGGCAUAAAACAAUAAAUGUUGGAAUAUAAUUGUGAGAACAAAUAGUCAUCAUCAACGUCAGGGCAACCUCAGCCAACCUGAUUGCCUGGCUGUCCAUUUUGUCCCAACUUUCAUUCACGGCGAUAUGUUCAGGUGCUUGAGGCUAACUUAGCUGAUUGUCAGCAAAUGUAGUCACUGGUUGAUCAGGAAAAUACAAGUUGAGUUCAAUCUGCGUUACAUGUCUCCAAAACUGACUUUGGUUAUAAAAGCGGUAAUUAAACUCUGAAAUGCACGUACCAUAUUAAUUAUAUUUUAUAAGCAUGUGUAAUCAAAUGGUGACGAGUGAAAUUAGGGAAUAAUUUCACUUGCGUUUUGUCCAAAUCCUAAUAAUUUCCCGAGCCUUAAGAGUAUACCAUUUGAUUACCUUUUAAUAUCAUGGUUGACGAAUUACGUUAGCAAUCUUGGAUUUUUGACAUGUUUAUCCUGGAUCGUAUCGAUCGAGAACUCCACUCUCUCAAAUGUUUAGACCUUAAAUUUGGCUUAUAAAGUUCAGAAUUUUUCACACUUUUUCGGCAAAAUACUUGUUAGAAUCCUUCUUGAUGUGCUCUUUUGUGUGUUCAGGUUUUCUAAAGCGUCUUUUUGUGCCCUGACAUCUUCAUUCACGGCAUUUUAAAAUUUUGUCGCUAUCUUGACACUGAGACGUAUGGAAGAUUGCCAUGGCAAUUUUUUAAUUUCACAUGUGAAAUUACAAAUUAAUGCUGAAAUUUUGCACCAAAAUUAAGGAGUAAUUCGUCACCUUUGAUAUUAUAUGGCUAAUAUCUCUUUUCAGAUUCAUUUUCUUGGAAUUCUCCAAUGCUAAUGAUGCAGCUCAAGCAGUGAAAACUGCCAAUGGAUACAAAUUAGACAAGCAUCACAUCUUUGCUGUAAAUCAUUUUGAAGAUUUUGACAAGUAAGCCUUACCGGAUUGCAUUGAAUAGAUUGUUGGUCAGCUCUUACAUUAAUCUGAAAAUCUGUGUUUAUCCUACUUAAAGAAGAGCUUUUGCACAAGACAUAAGGUAGAAAAUACAAGUACGCAAAGUAGCAGUGCUACUGUUUGCAACCCUUAUGUAUACAGCUGUAUGUUGUGGGUCAACCCUAUUCCUGGUUUUCAUUUCAUUUUCCUUUGAUUGAAAUCCAGUGCCAAAACUUCAUACUCAAAAACAAAGGAAAAUGAAAUGAAAUUUUAAAAAUUUUAUUCUUUUCUUUUUCUGUUAAUUGUAUUUUGUAUGAAACACAGUGUCUCUUGUUGGAUAAAAUUAUAAGAUUAUUACUUUAACAUGUAAAGAGUUAUGCUAAUGAAAGUGUUUACCCUGUAGAUUAGUGAGUCUAACGAAAGACUGGGAACCACCUACCAAACAACCCUAUGUCGAGCAGGUAAACUGCAGUUACUACAGUCCUUAUUUCUGAUGUUAACAUGAGAUGCCAACCUCCAUACAAGCUAAUCAUCAUGUUGCACUUUUGCUGCUAAGAAAUAAAAUAAAGUCACUAUGUGAAACAGUGGUAAAACCUUGUUUUCUUGUUUACAACUUAAUUUUCCUUGAAAUGAAGAUACUAUCUGUAUAUAUGUUGUGGUUCAAAUUUAUCCUUGGUUUCAAUUUUAUUUUCUUUUGUUUCAAAAUCAUUAUCAUACAGUACCAUACCCAAAAACGAAAGAAAAUAAAAUUUAAACCAAAGAUAAAAUUGAAUCACAACAUAUAGAUGUACUAAGAAGCUUAAAAAACCAUCUUGGCAAGACCUCUGGGAAUUCAAAAAAGCUAUAGGUUAUUAGGCAAAACAACAACUUUGCAUGUACAUUCAGCUUUUUGGUACCUUCAGUUUCUAUUACAGCACAACUUCAAUGUGAAACUUCUUUGUGUGAGGUCUUCUGGGCAACAUAAACAUACAAUGACAAAUUUUUCUUUUUCAUUCUUAGCUUUGAUUCUUGGAGAAUUUGCCUUUUUUAACAAAUCAAGGGUAUUGAAAUGAUCACAAUGAAUUUGAAAGAACAAAAAUUCCCUUUAUAACUGAUGAUUUUUCAGCCAUCACUGUUGUGUUCUACCGUGUCUUUUAUUUUUACCUGGUAAUGCUUUUUUUUCUUAUGUUAUCAGGCAAACCUAAGAUCUUGGCUUCUGGAUCCAGAUUGUAAUGAUCAGUAUGUUGUUAUCCAUGGGGGAGGAGAUAAAGUUGGAAUCAUGUGGAACACACCUCAAGAACCUAUACUUUCUAGGGAAAGAAUGGUGAGUUUGAUUUCACCGUGCUGUAGCAGAAUCAGGGUUCAAUUUAAUAAACUGUUACAAGUGUUAUUUACAAGUGUAGCUUUUCUUAGGGUCUAAAAGCAAUAGCUACACUUGUAAAUUACACUUUUUAUAGUUUUGUUAAAUUUACCUCAGCUUGUGUGGUGUAGAGAACCAUAAAGACUGAGUAAGCUAAUGACUUGCAGAUUGGUUAAGGCUGCAGUGUAUUGUGCCAACUCUUAUGGCUUAUAGCAAUAUUUGAAGGUUCCCCAUCACAUUUUCUUUGAGCUGUAAGAAAAUUUAAACACAUUCUGCAACUGCAAAUACCUAAAGAUACUGCAAAACAAACUAAGCUUCAUCCUGGCAGUAAGUGAUGAAACUCUCCUUUUGCCAGUUCUGCUGCUGAUAUAAACAAUGCUGUGAACUAGGAGAGAGCAAACUGAUUACUGCUAAGAAUUGUCACAAAGACUAAACAAUGUACUAUAGACACUAGCAGAUAAGUGACACCUCAAAUUUAGUUGUUUUUUUUUGGGGGGGGGGGGCAAAUCCUAGCUGAGUCAGAAAGAGGUUAAACUUUUGCUCAAUGAACAUAACCACCUCACCUCAUAGCUGGAAUUCUUAUUUAUUCUUUAGGCUCAUGCACACACACAUUUUAAGGAAAUUCACAUGUUUUCAAGAUAUUUUACAACUUUAAUGUGAUCAAUGUCUUGGUAGGGAAAAAGGUGCACCUAUUACCUGUUACAUGUAAUUUGCCAGUUGUUUUAUGUACAUGACUUAUAAUAACCUAAACACAGGCAAAUAAGCUGCAUCAGAAAUUAAAUACUGGUACUCCAGAGGAUUCCUUCUUACUAGAUUAAACCCUGCAUGAGGGGAAAAAGAUGCUGCCUCUAAACCCUUUAAUAAUAAUUUUUUGGUAAAUCUGCUGUUUUCCUUGUUAUAAGAAAUUUGUUGAAAUUAUUUUUGUAUUUAUUUUGGAUUCAUGUAGAACUGGACAGAAACCUAUGUACGCUGGUCACCUAAAGGUUCAUAUUUAGCCACUUUUCAUUACCAAGGUAUAGCUCUUUGGGGAGGAGAGGAAUUUAAGAGGAUCAUGAGAUUCAGUCACACUGGAGUUCAGCUUAUAGACUUUUCUCCUUGUGAAAGGUGAGUAUGUUAUGCAAAGAGAACAACAAUAUGUUAACACAAGGUGUAAUAAUAACAUUUCUUGAUUUCACCAUUAUUUUAUUACUCAAACCUUUAGGCUCCCAACCACAAAAAUUUUUAGUUUGGCCUGCUUUCCACACUAAAAUUGUGCUUUUGGAGUGCAUUUUGAAGGGGAGGCAGCGUGGCCGAGUGGUCAGCGCGUCGGACUCACAAUCCGGCAGUCGAGGGGUUCGAGUACCGCACUGGCCACUUGCUGGAUUUGUUCUCAAUUGUCCCAAGUUCAAAUCCUCUGCCACACUUGUAAAUAGCCAACUGGUUGCCUCCUGCCAGUUGGGAUUUUAAAAUCCUGUUAUGUUGUAUUUGAAUUAAUUGUUUUCUAAGUAUUUACUGAUUGUAAAGGGCUUUGGAUCGCUAAGAGAAAGGUGCCAUAUAAGUGUAUAUCAUUGAAAAGGGUUUCCACAGUGGAAAUAUGGAAAAUACUGAAAUUUGGGAAUUGCCAUGUUAAUAGGAUAGGAUAGGGUAGGAUAAUAUAGGCUUGUAGCCAUAAUAAUUAUGACCAACAUUUAGGACUUGAUGCUUUCAAGAAAAUCUGUACUUGUAUCAGUAGAAAUCCAGUAAUGGUUUUUCUUAAAGUUAUCAUAACAGUUCCUAAUUUAGUUUAUAACAGUUGCAGAUUGCACAUCUCAGAGCAUCCAUGCCCCGCAACCCCACAAGAAAGUCACAUUUGGCAUAGCAGCCCAUUAUAUCAUUCUCUACUCAAUUAUACCUCACCCACUUUAAAAUUCCCAGUGCUGCCCCUAAUUUGUUGUUGACAAAAUUAAUGCAACAAGUUUUUGUGACAUUUGUUUAAUUCUUCAGGUAUUUAGUAACAUUCAGUCCAUUAACUGACACUCCUGAUGAUCCUCAGGUAUUGCCUAGUUUUAUUUUCUUGAUGUCACUCUUAGAUCAUAUUAAUUUGUCAUUUGCAUUUGUCUUGUUCUAGUCUUUCUUUCAACUGUUUAAUGCUCUAUCAGCUGCAAAGAUCAUGGAUAUGAAAAUCAGCAUGUUGUGUUGUUAUCACUUUACUUUGUAAAUCUUUUUAAUAAUAUUAAUACAUGUAAUUAAUGAGAGUUUUUUAAUAUUCUCUUUAGGCCAUUGUUAUAUGGGAUAUAAGAACAGGGAAUAAGAAAAGAGGAUUUUUAUGUGGAGACCAGUCUCAGUGGCCAGUGUUCAAGUAAGUUAUUCUGUUGAAUUUUUAAGGCUCUUUAGGGUACAUCUUUCUUUGUAGGGGGGCAAAUGUCACGCACAAAGUAGUAUGAUGCCAGGUUUAUGCAUUCUAAGGGCAUUUUACUCUUUACUGUGGAGAACUGUCUUUUUCUUCUCUCCAAUUGUCUUUUCAAGUCUUACUAUCCAGUAUUCCAGUGAAUUGAGUUGAGAAGAAAAACCAACAUGUACACUUGAAAAUAAGCAAAGCUCUUUUUUUCUGAAGUUGCCUCAUUAAGCACUGAAAACAUUUUUACCGGUAAUAAUGAUAUUGACCAUUAGUCAUUUAGAACAGUGACAAACAUGCAUAUCAAUUCCUCAUUUUAAUGUUUUAUUAUACAGAAGGGUAGUCAUAGAGGAUAUUACAUGGUGGUGCGGAGAUACAAACUUUCUCUUCGAGUGUUGAAAAAUAUUUCACAGAUGAGCGAGUGAAAUAUUUUUUCAACACGAGAAGAGAAAUUUCGUAUCUCCAAGCGGCCAUGUAAUGUUCUAUUUAUUAUAUAAACACCAAUGAAAUACAAAACCAUUUCACUCUAAUAGUUUUUUGGUGUGAAAGGCACCAUGAAGCCAUAGCAACGGUGAUAUUUUCAGGUGUGAAGGUAACAUGUUAUUGUCACAUGUGAAGAUACCAAGUUUUUGCGCGAAAGCUCACCUGGUAUUUCAUUGGUGUUUAUAUAAUAAAUAAUAAUACAGUAGUAAGUGAAUAACUUAUGUGUUAAAAAGUAGUACAUUUAAUAAUGAUAAUGAUCGUCACAACAAAAAUAUUAUUUUGUUUUCAUAGGUGGAGUGCCAAGGGCAAUUACUUUGGACGCCUAGGAGAGGACAGCAUUAGUAUAUAUGAAACCCCAGUAAGUUGCUGGUUUGUCAUUAAUUUAACUAGUUUUUACUUAUUAUUGGCUGACUUUGGUUUCUCUCUGCCCCAUUUGAUUCUGUGGAGGAAUGAAGAAUGACGCUUUAUUUAAUCUCGGGUUUGAUGAGGUUGGUUAGACCUCUAGCAAAAAAAAUAUGCUAAUAAGCCGAGGGAAAAAGGAAAGGGGCAUUAUUAAAACUAACAUUUUAUAGGCUAUUUGGAUUAUUUAGACUGUUCACAGUCCCCUAUUUUUCUGUGAGAUUGUCGAGAUACUGUAUAGCCCGUCUUAUUGUUAAUGGUGGCCAUCAUGAUUUUCAAAUGUAUAUGUACCAAGGGGGCGGGCGUCAGGGAUUAUAGCUCUAGGGGAAGGGAGGCAAGAAAAAUAGAGGGACUGUAAUAAAAUCACUGCAGCUUGUGCUCACGGAGCGCAUUGUACCAGCAAUGCAGGAGUUUGAUUGGUCAUCAGACAAUAGAUGUUAAUUUGAGUUGACAAUGGGUUUAGUUUAAGUUGCCGACACUGACAAGUCAUUGACAAGUCGUUGUUUCUGUAAAACGUACGAUUUCAUAAUACUGCUAUAAGGCACAUCUUGAGCAAACACAAAGGAUUUUUGGUAUUUUGUGGAUGAAUCACAUAAGCCAGCAUGCUUUUGAAGCAGCCCAGCAAGGGGAAUGUUGUAACUCAACACUACGCUGACCCAAAAAAGAUGACCUGUCAGAAAUGCCUGGCUUUUUAUCGGGAGGUUUAAUUAUUUUAAUCAGUGGUGAAGCGAGCAUGCUUAGCACUUCGAUUAUGAAAAUGUUUCACCUGUGAAUGUUUGCCAAUGUGAUUUGGAGGAAUGGCAUAGAAACUGUAUAAACUCACUGCUUUGAAAGGAGAUACUGUAUUAAUUGUAAACAUGCAAAAUCGAUGCUAAACGUGUCUUGCGUGUUUUUCAUAGCCUACAGAGUUUGUUAAUUAAUGAAUGGUAAAAGGCGCGAAAUUCCUGUUACACCUCCUGAACACGAGCUGCAGUGAUGUUAUUACAGUCCCUCUAUUUUUCUCGCUUCCUCCCAAACCACCCCCCACCCCUAAGUAGUUUUGACACUUAUGCCAAAGAUGGCAGCCUGUAACGCAAAGCGCUCAAUCUCAACGAUCUUACGGAAAAAUAGAGGACUGUGAACAGUCUAGGAUUAUUUCACUUAAAAUUCUUUUCUCUUAAAAGAUUUUUUUACUUACUUAAUUAUUUUUUUGUAGUCUUUUGGUCUCUUGGAAAAGAAAAGUUUAAAGAUCCAAGAUGUUAGGUGAGUAUUACACCUCAAUCAGUUUGGUAGUUAAGGGUGGAUAUUUAUUUAUCUAAGAUCUACAGCUUUGAUAUUAGACUGAAUAGUCAUCAUAAUAGUUGAGUUUGCAAGAAGACAGGAAUUGACAGAGAAUGAAGAACAAAAACAACAACAGCAAAAAGCUUCACAUUAUCUUUCAGCCAAACAAAAAUUCCCUCUCAUCUGGAAUAGUUGUAUUAAUUUCAUUAAGUGGUUUCUUGUAAUCAACUUUUGAAAUACACACUUGGAUAGGCCUUUGAUUUGGAUUGUGACUCUAAUUACUGUUUAUCGUCAUGGUCUUUGGUUUUGCCUGAAGGCUUUUGAAAAUUGUACCAGAUUUAAUGGCUGAUGACUAAAGGAAUGAUUCAAGGUUAGCUUAGGUGUUCAUGUUUAUUGCUUUGUUUUUACCAGGGAUUUUGCCUGGUCACCAUCUGAUGACAUGAUAGCUUUUUGGGUUCCUGAGAAUAAAGACACUCCAGCCCGCGUAACACUCAUGGAGAUUCCUAGUAGGAAAGAAAUCAGAGUUAAAAAUCUAUUUAAUGUCUCUGAGGUAAAAUUCUCUUAUUUUAUAUUCAUUAUUAUUAUUUUUUUGACAUUAUUGUUAUUAUCAUUAUUGUUUUUGUUAUUGUUAUUUAUGACAUUUGCAGUUAAGAUUAGUACUUAUGGUGACCUGGUCAGAAAUGCAUCCUUUCUAAAAGAAAAAAAUAUUUUUGCCAGCCUUAGAACGGUUAACUUAUGUGUGAAGUAGAUUUUUAUGUUGUGUCUUUCUGUGUUUUGCUUAUGUUAUCAGUGUAAAGUGUUCUGGCAUCAAAAAGGAGAUUACCUUGCUGUGAAAGUGGACAGGUACACCAAAAGCAAAAAGGUAAGAGACUAGUUUCUGACAAACAGUGACAUUUUGCCACCCGUGUGGAAAUUACAGCAAGAUACUGCAGCUGGUGAAACUCUACGGGGAAAUAAUAUUAUAUUAAAUUUUUGUACUCCCGCAUUGUUCUUGUGACCAGCUCUACAAUGUUGCUUAUUUGUUGACAAAAAACAAGUGAAAUUAAUUAUUAAACGCUGGUCCCCUAAUCACUCUAGUGCUGGUUAUCGAAGUCCAUGAAAUACCUUAUAGAGCUUUAAUCAGUAACAUAAUUAUAAAAGAAAAUCCAUAAAACUGGCAGUAAGUGAUGAAACUCUCCUUUUGCCAGUUCUGCUGCUGACAUUAAAAGUGCUGAGAACUAGGAGAGAGUAAACUGAUUUCUGCUAUGUUUAUUUUGUCUUUAGCGUGGUUCAGACAAUCUUGAAAAGGUCUUGAAUUUUAGUAGUUGUCUUGAAAAGUACUUGAUUUCUUUAUAAGGUCUUGAAAAGUCCUUGAAAUUCACUACCUUGUCUGUACCUGACACAGUUUUCUGUAAAAUUAGUUGUUUUUUUUUUGCUGAGGAAAUUUUGGCUCAUCCUUGGUGUAAGAACCCGAAAAACUCACGGGUAACAUAAAAGCAUUUUUGUGCAUGAACAAUAUUUUACUUCUGUUUUUUUUUAUUUCAAAUUCUUUCUGCACCUAAGGUGCAAUAAAAUAUUGCAAGUCAUUUUGCAGAGUGUUGUCACAGAAAGUAAAAAAUAACAUGAUCAACUGUGGCUGAAGAAGUAAAAACUGCAAAUGACUCCAUGAUGUGUUUUAGCCAUGCAUGAGGUGUUCAAAAGGGGAUUAAAGAAUGCUGGUUUUUAAAUUCUGAAUAAAUCUUAGUCCUUAAAAACUGCAAUUUGUCCUUGAAAAAUCCUUGAAAAGUCCUUGAAAUUUGUUUGUCUGAAGUUGUACCAGGAAAGUUAGGAAAGUUCUUUUCAGACUAGGAUCACAGUAAAUUUGCCCUCACAUACAAAUGAGCCUGCAACCUGGAGUAGUUUCACCUAGAAUAUUUAUUGUACUUGUAAUAUACCCUUGAAUCAUGCUUGCAGGGUCUGUACUACAACCUUGAAUUGUUCCGUGUGCGUGAGAGGCAGAUUCCAGUGGAUGUUGUAGAAAUGAAAGGUUGGUAAAUUCAGAUUUUAAUGCAUGCAUUGUUGGAUCCUUCAAAGUUAUUUAUUCUGAGAUAGUUAUUAAUAAAACAAUAUCAUUUCGUGAAAAUGUUGGGUUAAUACAGGGUGUGCAGGUCAGCAUUUCUAUGUGAAACCUGAACAAUACAAUAUUAAAUAUUAUUAUUAUUAUCAUCAUUAUUAUUACAGUAGUUGCUAGUAGUUGCUUUAUUGAAGAGAGUGAUCUGUACGAAACAAUUUCAGGCAAAGUUCAACAAGGACUUAAUUGAAUUCAGGGAAUACAUUGUACUUAAAGAGAGUGAAUUAGCCUUGCUGGCAUGGGCUUGCUAAUGCAUUGGCAUUCUACUAUAGCACUUUCUCUGAUUUACAAGUUGGUUAAGGUUAAUUAAUGGUCUUACCCUUUCAUACAUCUCAGAACUUUUUAGGCCACUCAUUGCUCAUUAUAAUUUAAGUAGCAGUAGCAAUGUACAAAAAUUUUGCAAUUCGCACAAAAGAAUAGUUACUUACAUAAUAGUACUUUAAACACUCCCACGUUCUCAACCUCAAAUAUGUUAUUAGUUGUUAUUUUCGUAUCAGGUAGCUCACUUAACCUGUGUAAAGUAAUCGUGGGCAUUUGGCAUUUGUCCCCUCUCAUUUCUCAGCCACACCCCCAUCUUCCCCUCCUCAUCAGCACCACUUUACUUGAUCAGUUGUAGUGAUGGUGUUCUGGUUUUGGGAAGGGAGAGAAAUGUUAACAUGGUCUUCAGUGUCAGCUGUUUAAUAAGUGCUGAUACUGUCGUAAAAGUUGACUACAUUAUAUUAUAUUAUUUAAGGGUAAUUUUUGACUUGUAAGUGACUCAUCUCACACUCAUUUGUUGUCUGUUCUUUUAACAUGAAUACAAAUCUUUAGGAUCCUAAGACAAGUUGGUUAAUAAUAAUAAUAAUAAUAAUAACAACUUUAUUAAAGUCUCAAGCUCCUAGCUUAGCACAAGUGCUGAAACUAAUCGUGGAGACAUAACUUUAAAAAAAUUAAAAGAAAUAUCAAUAUAUAGAGACUAAUGUAUUAACAUAACUAUAAAUAAAACCUAAUAUAUGCAAUGAGACCUAAAAUAUAAUAUAUUCUCUACAUUUGUCUUACAGAGACAUAACAAAAAAAUUAUAAUGAAACUAAAUAACAAUAGAAAGAAUCUAAUGAAUCAAAAUAACAUUACUAUAACUAUAAAUAGAGCCUAAUAUAAUUAUGUAUUAAGACCUACAUUACGUUAGUAUUAAGCACUGCAUAAAAUACAAUUCUUACAGUUAUUAUUAGAUGUGGGAAAUGUUUAAUGUUUGAAAGCCAGUUAGCUCUUAUCCUUGGUUAACUGCAAAAAGGACAUAUGGGUUGUCAUGGUAACUGGAUUACCACUAAUUGUCUUUUGACCAACCAGGCCAUGGUUAAGAUUAGUGAUCUCCUGCUGGACAACUCAGUUCAAAAUUGUUAAACUAAUGCUGAUAGUGUGCCAGCUGCUGAAAUAACUUUUUGUUGUGUUUGUCACUCUCCCACUUACAGAAGCUGUUACUGCUUUUUCAUGGGAGCCUGGCGGCAGCAAAUUUGCUAUAAUCCAUGGUGAAAGUCCCAGAAUAUCAGCCAGUUUCUACAAUAUGGAGGAGAAAGGCAAAGUUACGC